AUGUGUAUGAUUAUGUUAGGUGCACCAAAGGAAGUUCCAAUGUUGAAUUAUUCUGUUGAGUAUUUGUUAAAUGCAUAUGAAAGAAAACCACCAGAAAUAGUGAUAGAUCAUUUUUACUUUGUUAAAGGUUGUAAUCAUUGUCCUCAUCCAGAAAUGGAAAUGGCUAACUUUGAACUUCAAAAACAUGGGAUAAAUUCUUCGAUUGCACAUUUUGAGCCAUUUAAAUGGAUUCAACCAUCAAAUAUUUAUUCUUUUGAAGAAAUGUAUCACAGCUUGUGGUCUGAAGAUCAACGUGCAUACCGUAACUUUGGUCAUCAUAAAAAAGAUAAUAUUGUAACAUACUACUUCCAUCAGGGUGCACAACUUGCUCUUAAAGAAUUUAAUAACACUGAUUUUAUCAUGUUCUUUGAAGAUGAUCAAUCAAUUCAUAGAAAUUCAUUUGUCUUUCUUAAACAAGUUUUUGAUUCUUAUGGUCCAAGAACACUUACUAAAUAUGCAACACCACUAAGAGCAACAAAUGAUGGUUAUUAUGAUCCUAAUAUUGCAUGUAUUUGGGGAUGGUGGGGAACAUUAAUGUCAAAUCAUGAACUAAAACGUUAUUUAUCCUUUAUUAAAUUUAAUCCUUGGACAUAUUGUGGAGACAUGUUAUUUUGUGACCUUGGAAGGUUGAUAGACCAACCAUUUUAUUUGAGAAGAAUGGCUCGUCAUUUUGGUAGAGAUAAAGAUAUUAUGCCAAAAGACCCUGACUAUUAUUAA